AUGGCUACCCCCAGUGUCCUUACCUUUGAUGGUGAGGGUCGUGCUGUUGACUUUGUGGUCAAGGUCGAUGACCUCCAGCUGUUCCUACAGUGCGAUAGGGCACACGGACUCUCCCUGUUCGAUCUCACCUCUGGUGCCUCUCCUGCCCCGCCUUCUACUGCUGAUAGCACUGUUCUCUCACAGUGGGCCACACGCGAUGCUGCUGCCCGUCUCGCUGUGCGUCGCCACUUCCCGACCACUAAGCGUGCGCACUUUAGCCAGUACAAGAGUGCUCAGACCUUUCGGUCGGCGAUGCGUCUACCCUUAGCGGGAGACGCCGCACUGGCAAGGCCAAGGGGGCCAAGGGCGCUGGAGGGGCUGGUGGGGGUGGUGGAGGCAGUGGAGGGGGUGGGGGUGGAGGUGGGAGUGGUGGCGGGGGUGGAGGUGUUGGUGGCAGCAGUGGAGGCGGAGGAGGCGGCGGCGGUGGCGGAGGGAGCGGAGGCGGCGGAGGUGGCGAAGGCGGCGGAGGUGGCGGAGGCGGCGGAGGUGGCGGAGGCGGCGGCGACAGCGGUGGAGCUGGUCGCGGCUCUGCGCAGAGGAGUGGGUCCGGUGGUGGUCCGCGCGAGCAGCAGAAGCGCAGUCGUGAGACCCUGUCCCCUCAGUAGCUUCGUGAGUGGUACGCUUCGCGUCAGCACGGCUGCUGCUCUAGGUGCUGGUGAGGCUGCUGCUCUAGGUGCUAGUGCGUCUGCUGCCCCAGGUGCUUGUGAGUCUGCUCUCACUGGUACCACGUCGGCUCAGGCCUUACACACCUUCACCCUUGACUCGGGUGCUUCCCGCUCCUUCUUUCGAGACCGCACCACGCUUACGCCGCUUAGUCGGCCGGUUGCGGUCUCCCUAGCGGACCCCUCUGGGAAUCCUGUCCUUGCUAGCUUCUCCACUGUCUUACCGUGCCCGGCAGCCCCCCGUGGCACCCUGUCAUGUCUCCACCUCCUCUCGUUCUCUACAAACUUGCGCGCCGCCCCUCACUCCUCCGAGUUUCCUCCGACAGAGGCUCCGCUGCAGACUCUUCACAUAGACGUGUGGGGCCCCGCCCGCGUCCGUGGCCAGGGUCACGAGCGCGGGGAGUUUUUCUUUGCCCGUCUGGGAGCCUUCUGUCGUUCACAGGGCAUCCGCCAGACCUUCACGCUUCCGGCCUCUCCACAGCAAAAUGGGAUUGCUGAGCGCCGCAUUGGCAUGGUCAUGGACAUCGCUCGUACGUCCAUGAUCCAUGCGGCUGCCCCCCAUUUUCUGUGGCCGUUUGCAGUUCAGUACGCAGCGCAUCAGCUCAACCUUCAGCCCCGGGUCUCCUUGCCGGAGACCUCCCCUACUCUAAGGUGGAUGGGGAAGGUUGGCGAUGCGUCUGUUUUCGUGUCUGGGGAUCUCGGGCGUUUGUCCGCGACUUGGGUGAUGCCUGGGUGA